ACUGCCAUGGUUACAGUGAAAGACGCUUUGUUCAAACCGCACUGUGCGCGAGCUGCGUGUCGGAGCAAAAAUUACGGCUUGUUUGGAUGUUUUGUUUGGAAUAAUCUCGACUAAUGGCGUCAAAAUGUCUAUUUUAAUGCAGUUACUGUUAAGCGACGUGGGUGUUCGUCUUUUGACGUCUUCGGCACCGGGAAAGGAUGACGACAAUAACACAGUAGUGUUGGAAAAACCAGUAAACGAUUUUCUGGCAACAAUGAAGAUCCAGGGACAACUGGAGGGCGCUAAGCGGCGUCUAGAUUUAAGUACAGCCGGCGAGCUGAGAAGCAUUGAGAUCAUCCGUGGUCGAGCGGGCUACGGAUUCACUGUUACAGGACAGCAGCCGUGUGUGCUGAGCAGCAUCCUAGAGGGAAGCCCUGCGGGUGUGGUGGGACUCAAACAAGGCGAUCGCAUCAUGGUUAUCAACGGGGCAGACGUUUCCACUGCUCUACACGAGACUGUGGUGCAGCUAAUAGGUAGCUGUGCUGGACCUUUGCAAUUGAUCGUCCACGCCGAUGGACGGGUCAUUGGAAACCCUAUCCUUAGCGAUGACAAUUUCGUAACAAGCCCCGAGAAAGGUUUUUUCCAAAACGUUUUCCGUACCGUCUCGCAUGAUCCGAGCAACUCUGACAAAUUACACCGUACUCCAGCUUGUAAGCCGAGACCCCUGUCGGAACCGGCUAUGUCGCAGUGGUCCAAUCAGUGGAGGGUUGUGAAACGAACAAAUGACUUGGACUCAGAUUUUACAGAGAAACCCAACCCACACUGGUGCGUUUUAAACAUGAAUCUAGUGGUGGGCUACCUGAGCUCGACGGAAUUGAUUCUAAACACAACUGAAUCUGAGGACGAUUGCCUGAAAGCCAUCCGAGAGCGAAUACGCCAGUUGGGCACCGAGCAGGACACCCAUACCCUGGUGAUGAUGAGGAUCACGUUUGACUGCAUUCGACUUUGCGAUGACGUUGGCGCUGUUCUGGCUGCCUUUCCCACAGAAAACCUAGUCUUGGGAGCCGUGUGUGCCGAGGACCCUCGUUUUUUUUGUUUGGUCACGACGGCGCACAUUUUCAGCGGUAGCGUCCCUCAUAAUGGUCCCUUAAGGGCCUCCUGCCAUGUUUUCUUCAUGGAUCCAGACCUGGGGAACCAUGAGGAGCAUAUAGGAAUCGCGGCACGCUUUGGUUUGAACUGCACUCCUGAUCCAGACACCUUUAGUUGCCUGGAGUUCCCCCAGGCCCCACCAGAUGUCCUUAAGUUUGUAACCGUCCUCUACAGUGACAUGGGAGACGCUGUGAAGAGACUAAGAGCCAAACUGUUCUUGGAGGCUCAGCAGCAAGCCAAAGAAAUCGGGAGACAAGGUAGCAGUGGAGACAGCGGGAUUAGCGGCAUAGGCAGCAACUCACCCCCUGAAGAGAGGGAUUUUCCUUCGGUAAUCCGAAACCACCUCGGGAUCCUCCUCCCGACCUGUCCAUGGGACAAUCCUGAAGACGACACCCCAACAAUCCUCUGCCAUAAUGGCGACAGAACUCACAACAGCGGCAGCUCCCUUUCAGAGUCGCUACCUGGCCCCGAUUCUCUUGCUAACUUGUACGGAGGCCCCCCACCGAGGCUCAAGUUCCAGUUUAAGCCACCACCUCCUCCACCGCCUCUCCCUCUGAGGGGAAGCCAGCGGUGGUUCUCUAAGCCCAAGUGGCACACAUCAGAUUUAGAACCUUGGGUGACAUGCAACAACAACUGGUUAUCAAGUGGCACUCAGAACCAGCCAAUUUCCACGAACCAGAUCCCAAGCAGAUACUGCUCGGCCGAGAUGCUGAUGCAGGCCCCGAAAGAGGAAUGGACCAAAAAGUUUCUGGAGCAGAGAGAGAAAGAACGCAAAGAUAUCAAAAAUGUCUCCAGAUUUUGGGGUAUAGGCAUCCUGCGUGCUUCCAAACGGCGCUCUUCCAAACGUCUUAGCCUGGCACGUUCGCUGGACGACCUUAAGUCAGCCACUUCCUCCGAUGGCGAUUACAGCAGUGCUCAGCUGCAGGGAUGCUGCAGCCACAGCAGCCUGACCAGUAAUGGUAGCCUUCCGGGCAGCCAUCGUAAUCUUCCUGAACAACGUAUAGCCAGCUGGGCCGCUUGCUUCGAGCACCUCCUUCAGGAUCCAGUGGGCGUACGCUAUUUUUCGGAAUUUCUCAAAAAAGAAUUUAGUGAAGAAAAUAUAUUGUUCUGGCAAGCCUGUGAAUACUUCAGCCAUGUUCCUGCAAGUGAUAAAAAGCAGCUUUCCCAGAGAGCUGGAGAGAUCUACAACAGCUUUCUAUCCAGCAAGGCCACAAUGCCGGUCAACAUCGACAGUCAAGCCCAGCUGGCCGACGACGUCCUUACGUCCCCACGGCCCGACAUGUUCAAGACACAACAGCUACAGAUUUUCAACCUGAUGAAGUUUGACAGUUAUUCCCGAUUCCUUAAGUCUUCGCUUUAUCAGGAGUGUAUGCGCUCCGAGGUGGACGGCCUACCCUUGCCUGACCCAUACCAGAUCCCAUGCAGUCCUGCGCCGUCUAAACACAGUGCUAGCUCUGAUCGCUCUACCCUUUCCACGCCAAAGAAGGACGGCAGGAAACAGAGGUCAGGGAGGUCACUUAACGAGGACAGCAGAGAUGAAAGCAUAGACAAAAAACGUGGCAUCUUCUUCUCGUGGUCCCGCAACAGGAGCUUUGGGAAGGGUCCGAAAAAGAAGGAUAUUGGAGACAUUAACCUAGACUAUUGGAGUACUAACAGUCGCCGUGAGUCCCAGGGGUCGUUAACGUCCAGUACCAGCUUAGAGAUGCCCACUUCCUGCUCGACUGCCAAGAUGGAGUCGGAUUAUCGUCACUCUGUCACGGCGUGGGAGCGUUCAUCCAAACAUUGCAGUGUGACACUGCCCAACGGCUCAUCCUCCUCUAUCGUCCUCCGGCCUGGUGCCUCCAUUAGGGACGUCCUACAGGUUCUGUGUCAUGACAUCAAUGUCAACAUCGCCGCCGUUGAUCUUUUCCUGGCCGGAGGGGAAAAGCCUUUAGUAUUGGACCAGGACUGCAUGACCCUCAGCUCACGAGAUUUAAGACUGGAGAAGAGGACCUUGUUUCGACUGGACCUGGUUCCCAUUAACCGCUCUGUUGGUCUGAAAGCCAAACCCACCAAACCCGUGACAGAAGUCCUGCGUCCCGUGGUGUCCAAAUAUGGCUUACAGCUCAGCGAUCUGCUGGUGAAAAUAAAUGGAGAGACCCAGCCUUUGGACUUGGGCGCCCCUAUUUCUACUCUGGAUGGCCUGAGAGUCGUGUUGGAGCGAGUCGACUCCGCUUCUGUCAAAGACAGCAAAUCCAAGCUGCUGAAAAGCCAAGCAACUACAACGGUAGAUGAGAGCCCAAAGGACUUUUCAAUGAGAGCACAAAGCGAUGCAGACACUGCAUUCCUCGGGGAGAAGAGAAAACAGAAAAAGAUAAAUAUAGACGAAGCUGAAGAAUUCUUCGAGCUGUUGAGCCGGGCGCAGAGCACCCGAGUUAACGACCAACGAGGACUACUCACAAAAGAAGACUUGGUGCUUCCCGAUUUCCUUCGCUUGGUACCCCACCCAACAUCCACCCCAACCCGAGGCCCCGGCCCUCGCUCAGAGAGCCUGGACUCCCACCUCGGCUCCAACGGACACUCUGCACCAAGGCGGUGCCUGAUGCCCCCCGUGGCCCGCCACUCGCCGUUUGGCACCCACCUCUCCCCCAUCCAACGGCCCCCUAUUCCGGACGCUCGGCCCAGUCUUUGUACCGUGGAGGAGGACAGCCAUGCCGAUUUGACCCUUAUGGGGGAGGGCGACAUUAACAGCCCUAACAGCACCCUGCUUCCUCCGUCCCCGUCGCCCAUGCCAUCUCUGGAAGGCAGCUUGCCUGAGGCUAACUUCACUCCGCCGCCGCUGCCCUGCACCCAGUCGCAUGGCGCAAAGUUGACUUCAGAAUUAACCUGCAAAGCUUCCCCAGAGGACGUGACGGAUGUGGAGGGCGUCCACCUGGAGGACUCAGAGAGAGUGUCCCACACGGAGGACUCGGAGCUCAGCCUGAGUUUCCAGGGUUACGUUGCUGAGCUGCGUCAGGUUCAAAGCAAGAUGAGGAGUGCCCGUAUUCCCCAUGCGGGACAACAGGAUGACGACACAGACUGCAAGACAGACAUUUUCAAGGCUACUGUCGUCUGAAGGGAAGCAAACAAUUAACCCUCCUUUCACUCCACUGCUGCACUUUUAAACAUCCCUCCUCUAAUAAAUGAUUCAUAGAUAUUGUGGAUGUGACAUUUUUAUUGUUCUUUUCGUUAUAGAACGUCAGCAAUGACAAAAGAAAAAUAUUAUUUUUUUCCAUUGAUUAGUCUAUAAAGUUGGACACAUAAUGAAGUACAACCACUGAUAAGAGUGAGUCUAUUUUUUAUUUUUUUAAAUUUUUUAUUGUGGUAGUGUUUUUAAUCUGUCUCUCCUGUAGCAAAAACUGGAUAAUUAUCAGAAGCAGCUCAAGAGAAUGAUUAACUAAAACCACAAUAAUGUUUUUUUUAAUCUUUAAAACAGUUAUUUAUUUAUUUUGUAAUUUUACUUCCACUGAUAGUUUAAUUAUUUUAUUAUUUGGAGUGAUUUUGUAAUGGCUUUUUUUCUUUUAUUUGGAUUUUUAUAUAUUUAUGAUUGUUGUUUUGUCAGUUUUAUAUUGUUUCACUAUGCUAUUUUUUGCUCAUUUAGUUUUUGUUAUUUUAUGUUUAUUUGUCACUUUAUGGUUUUCUUUUACAUUUAGUUUUAGUUCAUUUUUUGUUUAAUUACUUUUGUUCAUUUCAUUAUUACUUUGGUAAUGAUUGAUGGAUGGAUAUAAUUUUUAGUAAUAUUUAAUUUCUUUUUUUUCCUAUUCAUUUUAUUGAGUUUGAUUCUCUUUGUAUAUUUUGUAAAUAGCUGUUCCAUUAAUAUUGUUUUUUCCAUUUCAUUUUGUUAUUUUAUUUUUUCACAGUUUGAUAUUGUUAUUAAAUAUUUUGUUUUGUAAUUAUGACCUAAUUUGAUUUCAGGAAUGUUGUCAGAGCGUACUUCAAAUAUUCUGUUUAAGAAAGUGGUAUCAGAUAGCUGUUUUCUAUAGCGAACGAAACAAAAAAAAGUUAUUCCUGUGUUGUAUGGAAUAUUCCAGGUGACGGUACUGUUUUUGUACUGUACUUCUUGCUUCUGUGGUUGAACAUGUUAAUUAAAAAAUCGAAAACUUGAA